AUGUAUUUCCAGCAAAGUUGGCGAGACAAGCGGUUGGCAUACGCUGAGCUGCCCCUCAACCUGACUCUGGAUAACCGCGUGGCGGACCAGCUGUGGCUCCCAGACACCUACUUCCUCAACGACAAGAAGUCCUUCCUGCAUGGCGUGACAGUGAAGAACCGUAUGAUUCGACUGCAUCCUGAUGGCACCGUGUUAUAUGGGCUCAGGUAAAGCUAACUUUCAUUGGAAUUCUACUGUAACUAAACUGGUUAAAGCCUGGCCUGUCAGACAGGACUGGAAGAGACCUUGAGAGCAGUGAGGCAUGGGAGAAACUAGGUCUGUGUCUAAAUAGUAUCAGGGCCCUCCCACCUUUUUGCUUUCCUUACUUCCAUGAAAAAAAACAUGAGUCCAGAGAAUCCCUGAUGAAAGCACGACUAACUUAAAUGAUUUUGCUUAAUUUCUGAUGACAGGAUUUUUUAUUUAUUUUUAUUUUAUUUCACCUUUAUUUAACCAGGUAAGCCAGUUGAGAACAAGUUCUCAUUUACAACUGCGACCUGGCCAAGAUAAAGCAAAGCAGUGCGAUAAAAACAACAACACAGAGUUACAUAUGGGGUAAAAAAACAUAAAGUCAAAAAAUACAACAGAAAAUAUAUAUACAGUGUGUGCAAAUGUAGCAAGUUAUGGAGGUAAGGCAAUAAAUAGGCUAUAGUGCAAAAUAAUUACAAUUAGUAUUAACACUGGAAUGCUAGAUGUGCAAGAGAUUAUUGUGCAAAUAGAGAUACUGGGGUGCAAAAGAGCAAAAUAAAUAACAAUAUAGGGAUGAGGUAGUUGGGUGGGCUAAUUUCAGAUGGGCUGUGUACAGGUGCAGUGAUCGGUAAGGUGCUCUGACAACUGAUGCUUCAAUUCAUGAUUCAAUUGUAAGUAGUUAUAGCCUACCUUGACAAUUACCUGACAUGUACACUGAGUAUACCCCCCCCCCCCCACCCUUACCCUCAGAACAGCCUCAAUUCGUCAGGGCAUGGACUCUACAAGGGAUGCUGGCCCAUGUUGAAUCCAAUGCUUCCUACAGUUGUGUCAAGUUGGCUGGAUGUCCUUUGGGUGGAGGACCAUUCUUGAUACAUAUGGGAAACUGUUGAGCGUGAAAAACCCAGCAGCUUUGCAGUUCUGGUGUGCCUGGCACCUAAUACCAUACCCCGUUCAAAGGCACUUAAAUAUUUUGACUUGCCCAUUCACCCUCUGAAUGACACAUAUACGCAAUCCAUGUUUCAACUGUCUCAAGGCUUAAAAAUCCUUAUUUAACCUGUCUCCUCCCCUUCAUCUACACUGAUUGAAGUGGAUUUAACAAGUGACAUCAAUAAGGGAUCAUAGCUUUCACCUGGAUUCACCUGGUCCGUUUAUGUCAUGGAAGAAGGAGGUGUUCCUAAUGUUUUGUCCACUCAGUGUACAGUCAGGUCCAAAAGUAUUGGCACUCUUGAUAAAGAGGAGCAAAAAAGACUGUAAAAUAAAUAAUACAAAUACUGAGCCAUAUUGUAUGCUAAAAAAAUAAGAGAAUUAUAUUAUUUUAUACUAAUACAAUUGCUCAGAGAAAGAGAUUUUGUUUAGUAAGUAAUACUUUUGUUUCUACAAAAAAUAGUACAGGGCAAAAUGAUUGACACCUCUGUUUAAUAUACCUUUCAGUACCACACCUUACGAGCAUAACGGCACCUUUUUCUAAUGUUUUAUGAGAUUGGAAGACACAUUGGGAGGGAUCUUAGACAAUUCCUCCAUACAUAAUCUUUACAGAUCCUUAAUAUCCUUUGUCCUUUGCCAAUGGACUGUCCUGUUCAAUUCAAACCACAGGUUUUCAAUGGGGUUCAAGUUCGGAGACUGAGAUGGCCAUUGCAAAAUAUUGAUUUUGUGCUAAAUUAACAAUUUCUUUGUGGAUUUUGAUGUGUGCUUGGUGUCAUUGUCUUGCUGGAAGAUCCACUUGCGGCCAAGUUUGUCUGCAUAAGCUUCUUUCUUUCAACGCCUAACCUACCACUGGUGUGCAUUGCCAAAGAGCUCUAUUUUCAGGUCAUCCAACAAAUGUAAAUGCCUGGAGUUUGCUAAACGCCAUUGGCACUUGGAUUGGAACUGGUGCAUUGGUCAGAUGACAUAAAUAGAGCUGUUUGGCCAGGUACACCAGUGGUGGGUUUGGCGUUGAAAACGGAAGCAUAUGCAGAAAAGUACCUCAUACCUACGGUCAAAUAUGGUGGUGGAUCUUUGAUGUUAUGGGGCUAUUUUGCUUCUACUGGUCAUGGGGCUCUUGUUAAGGUCAACGGCAUCAUGAACUUUACCCAGUACCAUGACUUUUUAGCCAAAAAACUGGUUUCCUCUGCCAGGAGGCUGAAACUUGGCCGCAAAUGUAUCUUCCAAUAAGACAAUGACCCCAAGCACCUUCACUUGAAAACGCUUGUUAUCUAACGCCUGCCUCAGACUACUCGUAGAAGUGUGUUGUUAGAUGCUUUUUGCCCUCCCGCGUCCCUUAAACACAGAAGAUAUCCGCUAAACAUAGAAUCACAUGGUUUAUCCGUCUCUCUGUGACUGCCGAUAACUUCAAAACAAAGUUUACAACAAAUAUAAAGUUGCCAAUGUGCAAUUGAUACAAACAGGCAACGUAUAAAAAAAUGCUUCAAAUGAAAACUGAGAUGACUGCAUUAAAAUAUGAAUACAGUAGGCUAAAGGCCUAGUUCAAUCAUAUUGAAAUACAUUUCAUGUUCAAUCAAUUGAGUUCUAUUUUGCUGCUUGUAUUUGUUUCAAAAUAUUUCAUGAUGUGUAACUUAACAUGUGAGCAAUGAUGUGCCAAAUCUGUGAUUUACUUCAUUUUUAUUGGGUAAGCAUUAUAAUGAGCCGCCUCAGUAUUUGCAGCCGUAGGUGGUAAUAUCUCUCUAGGAGCUGAUCUGUCGUCAGUAUUGUGAAAUAAUUAUAAUGUUAAGGUAAGAGUUGAAUGGAGAAAGCUGAUGCUCCAACGACACACUUAGCGACCGACUGGUCUCUCUGCGUGGUUUUGGGAAACACAUGUUACAUCUUCAGCAAUUGUUAGAAAGAUGCAUCGUUAAAACACUCGUAAGCCUAAAUUCCAUCGCUAUCGGGAAACUGGGCCCAGUAUAGUACAGUGAGAAGAGCACAGUAGAGUGCAGUACAAUACAGUACAGUACAAUAUAGUACAGUACAAUAUAGUGAGUAGAGCACAGUAGAGUCCUAUACAGUACAGUAAAGAAAAGUAGAGUAUAGUACAGUAUAGUAGAGUAGUAUACAGUAUAUCUGAUUCUGUACUCUACUGUACUGAACUCUACUCUACUCUACUGCACUGUACUGUACUGCACUCUGCUGUGAUGUCCAUAUUGUGAAACAUAAAGAGAAUGACAUUCAAAUCCAUAAAUAUGCAUUUCUUUGUAGUACAGAUCAGGGACGCAUGAUGUAAACCAUUACCGUAAUUCCGUUACCGGGUGUAAAUCCACUUACUGUAGUUCAAUAACUAAAAGAUAUUUUUUCAAACUCAAGGUGUCAUGUCAUAGCUGACACACCCAUUCUGUCCGCAGACAUCUUUGAAUCUUAGUUCGAGCAGAUAUUUAACGUUUUUGGAAAACGUUGUCGCAUAAAAACCUGAGGGAGAUAUUUCCAUAAUUCCGUUACCAAAGUUUGCAUCUGCACAGUUCUUCCACUAAAUUAGUUUUUGACAAUUUUUCUGUGGAAAUUGUUAAAAGGAGUCCUUGUAUAUACAGUACCAGUAAAGAGUUUGGACACACCUACUCAUUCAAGGGUUUUUCUUUAUUUUUACUAUUUUCUACAUUGUACAAUAAUAGUGAAGACAUCAAAACUAUGAAAUAACACAUAUGGAAUCAUGUAGUAACCAAAAAAGUGUUAAACAAAUCAAAAUAUAUUUUAUAUUUGAGAUUUUUCAAAUAGCCACCCUUUGCCUUGAUGACAGCUUUGCACACUCUUGGCAUUCUCUCAACCAGAUUCACGAGGAAUGCUUUUCCAACAGUCUUGAAGGAGUUCCCACAUAUGCUGAGCACUUGUUGGCUGCUUUUCCUUCACUCUGCGGUCCAACUCAUCCCAAACCAUCUCAAUUGGGUUGAGGUCGGGGGAUUGUGGAGGCCAGGUCAUCUGAUGCAGCACUCCAUCACUCUCCUUCUUGGUCAAAUAGCCCUUACACAGCCUGGAGGUGUGUUUUGGGUCAUUGUCCUGUUGAAAAACAAAUGAUAGUCCCACUAAGCGCAAACCAGAUGGGAUGGCAUAUCGCUGCAGAAUGCUGUGGUAGCCAUGCUGGUUAAGUGUGCCUUGAAUUCUAAAUAAAUCACAGACAGUGUCACCAGCAAAGCACCCCCACACCAUCACACCUCCUCCUCCAUGCUUCACGGUGGGAACUACACAUGCAGAGAUCAUCCGUUCACCUACUCUGCGUCUCACAAAGACACGGCGGUUGGAACCAAAAAUCUCAAACCAUUGAAUGAGUAGGUGUGUCCACACUUUUGACUGGUACUGUAUGUACAAGGACUACUUUUAACAAUUUCCACAGAAAAAUUGUCAAAAACUAAUUUAGUGACUGUUUCCACGGGGGACCAGUAUGAAAAAUGUAUGUAAUGAAAAUAAUGUAUGCACUAACUGUAAGUCGCUCUGGAUAAGAGCGUCUGCUAAAUGACUCAAAUGUAAUGUAAAAUGUACAUAUGGUACACACGUAUGUGCUUUUCAAUCAAUUCAUUUGAAUUAACUUUAUUUGUUUAGCAUCAUGUGUCUCUGGUGAAUGGAGGCCUCAGAGGACAAGACAGAGAAUCACUGCUCUUUGGGUUAUAUAAUGCUGAUGUGCUUUGGCCAAUGAUGUUUGUUUCUUUGUUCCACAGGGCAAUCCCAUUUUUUUAUGUUUCAAAGCAUCUCCACAAUUAGUGGAGAUGGCAUUUUGCUCUUGUCAUGUCCCUAUUGUCUGGAAGAUUAAAUAUAGCUUAGGUUAUAGCUAGGUAAGCCUCUGGAAAAGGAUUGUGUUAUUUUCAAGAAUGGGGGACUUUGCGCAUGCCCUUGCUCAUUGACAUGAGAUAUCAUGAUAGCAUUAUCAGUGUCUGCAAGAGAAUGGCAUUCUUUUCCAUUCUUUGGUGGUUUUUCAGCCAGUCAGCAUACACUUUAUUAACACUGCCUCACUGAAUCACUCUGAGAUUGUUCAUAUCAACUAGGCCCUCAUCCCCAGUCCACCCCACCAAACACAGGGACAUCUUGGUGUCUGUCUCAGAGGGGUAGAUGUUUUAGGAUCUGUCAGACAGACUGUGGUAUUAAUGAGAGUUUGACGAUGUUUGGAAGUGAGACGGGGAACUAAUGGUCUGGAAAAUACUUACUUAAUAUGUCUCUUGGUGGAAUGAGCUGUGGGUGCAGGGGAAGGAGCGAAGGAGGGGUGGAAUGGGUAGCAGCAUCUCUUGCUACCCAGAGGGAGUUGGUGAAAAGGUGGAAGGAUGAAGUGAGGACAAAGUCAUGCCUGUGUAGAGUACAGAUUGCCUGUAGUAUAUAUUCAUGAUUGUAACAAAUAUGCCUCUGUGACUUAUCUUAAAGACCAUGACCCCUUUACCAUUCACGGGAAGACAUAUUUAUUUUGUAUUCCUGCUCAUUUGAUUGACAUGUGAGCUUCUCUUACAUGAGAAAAAACCUACAGUAUAAGCCUGGAUUGUUUUCAGCAGGCAUGACACGGGACACAACAUUGUUUUGAUUGUGCAACAGAAUGAAUGCAGCAGUCACCAUUGUAUGUAGCAGUCACUAUUGUAUGUAGCGGUCACCAUUGUAUGUAGCAGUCACUAUUGUAUGUAGCAGUCACUAUUGUAUGUAGCAGUCACUAUUGUAUAAAGCAGUCACCAUUGUAUGUAGCAGUCACCAUUGUAUGUAGCAGUCACUAUUGUAUGUAGCAGUCACUACUGUAUGUAGCAGUCACUAUUGUAUGUAGCAGUCACCAUUGUAUGUAGAUGUCACUAUUGUAUGUAGCAGUCACUAUUGUAUGUAGCAGUCACUAUUGUAUGUAUCAGUCACCAUUUUAUGUAGCAGUCGCUAUUGUAUGUAGCAGUCACCAUUGUAUGUAGAAGUCACCAUUGUAUGUGGCAGUCACUAUUGUAUGUAGCGGUCACCAUUGUAUGUAGCAGUCACUGCUGUGUAUGUAGCCGUCACUAUUGUAUGUAGCAGUCACUAUUGUAUGUAGCAGUCACUAUUGUAUGUAGCAGUCACUAUUGAAUGUAGCGGUCACCAUUGUAUGCAGCAGUCAGUGUUGUAUGUAGCGGUCACUAUUGUAUGUAGCAGUCACUAUUGUAUGUAGCAAUCACUAUUGUAUGUAACAGUCACUGCUGUGUAUGUAGCAGUCACUAUUGUAUGUAGCAGUCACCAUAGUACUGCACAAGACAGACAAAUAUAGUGCACCAUUUAUUUCUGUUUAUUUGUUUUACUGGAAGGGGGGUGAGAAGGAGGAGGAGGCGUACUUCCCAUCCACAAUUCUGUGCCCCAGAAAAAAGCCACAAAACACCCUCCUAAUCCCUCAUCACCACAAUGUCCCAGUUUCAUCAAUGAACCAGCCCAGACAGUGAGUCUGCAGUGAGGUGCCCACAGGGACCCACCCAGAGGACUGCGGGCUGCUGGGGGAGAGGAGCAUCCUGGGGCCCUUUCAAAGCAACACAGCCUCCAGAACCCCAGGGGACACAGGCUUUGUUUCUUUCUCCAACAUUUUGCAGCUUUGCUUUACAUUAGUCAUGUACAGUAAAGUUUUGAGAUAGAAAACAAUGUGCAAUGCAGAGUGAAAUGCCCUUGGUCUAUGAUAAAGCCGGAGGGGAGUAAUAAUGAGGUUGUGUUGGGCAAUCGGGAGAGUUCGAGUACUUUUGCUACAGCAUUAUGUCCUAACGCACCAAAGUAGAAGGAGUCAAAAAGUAUAUCAUCCCAAACGGUGACUCACUGUAUGGAAAUGGGUUCUGUUUUCAUCAUGGUUGUGUAGCCCCUGCUAACACUCCACAUUGUUUUUCUAUUGCACUCUAUACACUUCACCAAUACCUGUGCAUGUGUUUGACAGUAGAUGUGGUGGCUUGUAUUAGCCUGCACACUGCGAACCUCUUGCAAUGUGCUGAAUUGUCCAGCAACCUGGAAGACAGCAUGGACUCAGGCAUCCUAAAUAAUGCAUCCCAAAUGUAAAAUAGGCUGUUGUAAAGGGUAAACUUCCCCACCACUCUGUCCUGCCCCCUAACACACACACAUUGUUUAUCUUUCAAACUCUCCCCAUGAAUGUGGCGGUACAUCUGACACACAGGGGUGAUGAGUUGAAACUCAAUUCGUUUUCCCAUUCAGGCAAACCAGUGAGCUCCCUAGUUCAUUUACACAAGAAACCUGAAAGUAGGCGAAAGCUAGUAUGAUUUAACAGCACAAAUGUAAUUACUAAAAUGUGCUGCACUAGUUAAUAUCUCAGUUCAAUGCCAUAGACUCCCACACAAAUAAUCUGUAAGCAGUGCACUUUUCCUGGGUUUCUGGAUUUAUUGAAAUGGAAUAUAAUGAAUUUGCACCCCUCAUAAACACACCUGGCAGAAACAUGUAUAAACAUAGCAGUCAAUCACAAUUGAGUGUGAGAUUAAAGCAUAUACUCAAUGCACAGGUCCUAACAUUUUACUAAAUUUUCAACUGAUUCAAUGUAUCCCAAGGGAAUAAAACAAGCUUGGUAAAUUGACUUUCUGCAUUUGAUUGAUGGCUUUUGGGCUUGAAUGAAUUAGAUGUUUACAUUAAGCAUUAAAGAUUUACCUAUGGUUUUGUUUGAAGUUUUAAUGUUUCUAUAGGUAGAACUGUAAAUAGGAAGCGAACAGCUCCAGAUGUGUGUGAGGUUGCAGUCACAACAUAGAUCAGGGCUGUCAUGAGGCCUAUAUAUGAGCACUAAAAUGCUGCUCACUAAGACACAUUCAUUUUUUAUUCCAACCUCUCUCCGUUUGGAAUCCUCUUGCCUCAGUCAGAACACAUUCCCAACAACCUCACUUUCUGCUAUUUCAUUCAUUUAAAAUUCAUAAAGAGCUGACCACAGCUAUUAUGGAAGAUCACAAACAGUGGACCAGAUUAUGAGAAACGGAUCUAAAUGUAUCUUCCUCUUCUUCCCCCAUCCCUUCUCAUCCCUCACUCCUAAAAAUCCGACCUCAGACAGGUUGUAUGCAACACUAGCCUCCAAUGAUUGCAUUUCCUUUUUUCCUUUUUUACAACACGAGACAACUGCCUAACAUUACUCAAUUAAAGAUUCACAUUGUGCAGUGAAGGCUAAGCUACGAUUUCUUAUAGGUUACCAAGGUAACAGCGGUUCUCUCUACCCUCCCUUUUCUCUCACCCUGUAUGUCUCUGCUCUCAAUUUCUUCCAGAAUAACCACCACAGCAGCUUGCAUGAUGGACUUGAGGAGGUACCCCCUCGACGAACAGAACUGCACCCUGGAAAUCGAAAGCUGUAGGUGGACUUAUUAUAAACGUCUUCUCCCCCAUUCCUCUCCACUCUAGCUAAGUAACCUCCCAUCCCUCCCCCAACUGCCUGCCUGGGCUUCUUCUCAAGCAUCUCAGCAGAAAUGUCAUCCUGCCAUUUUCACUGGAUAUCCCAGCGUUUUAAAAACACAGCAAGGGACUUCCCAUGAUUGCAGGCAGGUUUUUAUAAUUGUAUUUUUUUUAUAAUUCAGCUCAUGUCUCUCUAUACAUUUAAGGCAAAAGUCAACUUUUAGACCUGUCAUACUGUAUGUCUCUAGAAGAAAAAUACAAAAGGAACCUUUUGCAUUUGAAGUUGUUUCUGUCAAUAUUCACAUUUAACCAUUUGCAUUAUCCUUACUGAAAGAUGAAGCCCAAGUCCUUCGGCCAAAAUUCUCCAUACAGUCUUACUUCACCCUCUAGCUUUGACUCCCGGGUGGUUCUGAUGUAUCUUGGACUCCCAGGUGGUUCUGAUAUAUAUUUGACUCCCGGGUCGUUCUGAUGUAUCUUGGACUCCCGGGUGGUUCUGAUAUAUCUUUGACUCUGGGGCAGUUCUGAUAUAUCUUUGACACAGGGGUGGUUCUGAUGUAUCUUUGGGUGGUUCUGAUGUAUCUUUGACUCUGGGGUGGUUCUGAUGUAUCUUUGACUCUGGGGUGGUUCUGAUGUGUCUUUGACUCUGGGGUGGUUUAGGUCUGGGCUGGGCUGGGCUGAUGUAUCUUUGACUGAGGUGGUUCUGGGUGCAGUCUGCAGAGGCCUGCUGUCAGCAGAAGUGAUCAUUAUGGAUAAUUUAAAGCAGCUAUCCUGGCCAACGUUAUUGGCAUCUCUGACUCUGAGUGCCAUUUCUUAUAGAUGCGUUAACUCAAAGGGCAAUGAAUGCAUUGACAGAAGCAGGUUAAAUUUUAAAUGCUUGCUUGUAUUUCAAUUAGAAGCCGUUACAUAUUGACCACUGAAUGAAACUUGAGCGGGCAGUUGGGCCCUGUCUGUCAUAACAACAUCAAUGCUCCUUUCAUGGCAAAGCAGCAUAGAGGCAUGGUGUUGGAUGGAUAUCUUUCAUCAACCCAAAAACAUGAUUCACUUGAUUUUACAGCCACAGCGAAAAAGGUUUGUCACAUCCUAACAUAUGCAAAUGUGAAACAUGCAAUGCAUACAGAGAAGUCACAGCUACAGUAUUCCUCUCCAAACCAAUGAUGUCAUGUCAUUGAUUUUCCCACUAGUGACAGCCAAGCAACAUAACAUGUCCAUGGCUUGGCCCUACCUAAGUAGACAUAAAGUGUAAUUAUGGAUAGACCUACCACAUCCAUAACCCCACACCCUCAAUAACAUAUUUUUCCACUACAUGUCGAUAAGGGAGGAAAUCUGGACAUGCUGUGAAAUUAAAGUAUUCUAUAUCCUGCUACAUGUUGGGGGAGGCAGAAUGCCAUGGGGGAUAGUAUUCAUUAACAACCGUUCAAUAUCAUAGAUUAAUAAGGAGCAUCCACUUAUGAAAACAUGCCAAAUUCAUUGGACAAAGUCAUAGUUCCUAGACCUCUCACUUUAGAAAAAUAUUAAAAGUGGAUGAAUGAUGCUCCGGUGCUGGCUGGUGUAUAACCAUGGACAGAGAGUUGGCACAGCCAGGGGGCAGAAGAGGGGUAAUUAAAUGUAAAAUACAGGAAAGGCACCUAUAUCCAGGAAAUGUAAUUGCUAUGAGGUUUAACGGUGAAUGUGUAAGGCAGCAUAUUGCCUGAACUGCACUACAUAAAUCUACCUCAGACUUCUCGCUUUGAUUCCACUGGCAUUUUGAUGGAGCACCGUAGAGUCAACAUGAAUCAUAAACAGAAGCAUGACUUGACACGUGAUAAAUAUUCAUGUUUGUCUGACAUAACUUAGCCAUGUCAUUAUGCAUGCUCUUAUACAGUUCAGUUUAGCUAAGUGGAAGACAUACAUAAACUUAGACAAUAUUCUAUACAGUACCAAUGGAAUGAAGGCCUAUUUUCCUCUGCUUAGGUCUAUUUGGCUUUCCCUAAUGUCUAAGGAGAGAGGUUCUACCAGUACUGAACCUGUUCAAUCUCCUCUCAUCCCCUUCACCCAUUCUCUGUAACCUGAGACAGAUGGGUAUACCACAGACGACAUUGUGUUCUACUGGCAUGGAGGGGACAAUGCUGUGACGGGGGUGGACAAGCUGGAGCUUCCCCAGUUCUCCAUCGUGGCGCUUCGCCUGGUGUCCAGGGAGGUCAGGUUUACGACAGGUAAGGCCUCCACUACAACACCUCAUAGCUGUGCUCAAAGGGUAUAGUAUGCCAUUAGAAUACAUUAUCAGAAAGACAUUUGAAUGGUCCUAUAUGUACAUGUUAUCUUUCAACUUAACAAUGAUAGAAUGUAGGCUUGCUUGUAGGAUGAGUUAAAUUGUCAGUCCAGUUCCAGUCACUGUUUUGUGUUAUAAAUGUUAUUCCAAUAGCACUUCUAACUAGCUGCUUAACAAUUCUGAGAAGAUGGCCUGCUGAAGAUUUAGAGUAAUCUCUAUGUGACAGUUAACUUGAGUUAAUUUAGAAAAUGUUGCCAUGAUUUAAGUAGUCUUGCCCUUGUGUAUGCACUCGUUUAUUUAGAUUCAUGAGGUAUAGCAGGAAGGACCUGGAGGGAUAAAAUAUGUAUGCCUGGAUAUUGAUUAAUUAAAAGAUUUACCGGACCAGGGAGAUGAUAGGGUCAUUUCUCACUCUGUGCAUCUCACAGUCGAUUACUAUUUAAAUUAAAACCAUCAUGGCUCUCUUAUCACCUUUCUCUUGUUUUGAUAAAGUGGCCAUACAAACUCCCUUGAUGGAAUUAGCUAUGCAUCCAUAGUGGUAAGCAUUCCUCUCUAGCUGAAGUAGGGGAAAGUCAAAGCCACAGGGGAAUAUCCUGAGAUGUAUUUCUCUUUAACAACUUGUUGUUGAGCUUGUUUGAAUAAUCAAUACAUUCAAUGCAACCAAUUAAUAUCUCAUCACAAUGAGCUGGCAUUUUUCUCUGCAACAUGCAUAAAUGUUAAGCGCCAUAGGUUCACCCCACUAGCUUCAUCACAGUCUCAUGUGGGUUCCUCCUUCUCACUUAAGUAGUGAGAAGACGUGCUCUCCAAUUACGGACCUUUUUAAAUCCCCUUUUGGUGCUAUUUAGAGGACAGAGAAAGUGCUAAACAGAGAAAAGCACAGCAGCUUUCCGUGACAAUUCUCACAGGGAUGCUGGAGCUGCCUGCUAAGAUGGGGGUGUUGAGGAAAAAUCUGCCGUGUUUGCGACUUUCUGCCAUGUUUAAUUGGAAUCGAACUUGUCCCUGGAAAGGAAUCCAUUGCUUUGGGGAAAUUAAGUGCUCCGUCUGAACAAAUGGAGAAAUGACUACCCUGCGCAUUGUCAAAGUGCAGACUUUGGAACUCAUAUGUUGCGCCAGCGUUUCUUUUCUUCACUGAUGUGUUUCCUUUGCCCCGCUCCAUCACUCCAUCCACUCUCCUUCUCUCUUGUUCUCUGUGAAAGGUUCCUAUCCCAGGCUAUCACUGAGUUUCAGGAUUAAGAGGAACAUCGGCUACUUCAUCCUGCAGACAUACAUGCCCUCCAUCCUGAUCACCAUCCUCUCCUGGGUCUCCUUCUGGAUCAAUUAUGAUGCCUCUGCAGCUCGGGUGGCCCUUGGUAAGACUCCGCUUCCACUGCAGUGUUACAACACAGAGUAUUCCCAGUGAACACAGUGAGUAAGGUUGUCUUGUAGGUUGCUCUAACAUUGAGGUAACUUAUGUUGCUGCUGCAGUACAAAAUGCUACACACAGCACAAUUGGGAAUGGUCAUAAACAGAUUAGUGGCCAACUCCCACUUACACAAAGGAGCCCUCACAACCACUAAUAAUGUGCACUUUCCAUUGAACAAAUCUCUACCCAGCAGGAACAACUUGUCAAACAACAUUUAGAGGCACACACUUCCCACUCAAAAUCAUUACCUUGCAUGUUGGUCUUCCUGAUGACCAAUACCUUACUUUGAUGGUGAUGACUAUUGAUUUUUUUUUUUACUAAUAAUAAUGUAUUUAUUCCAGGUGUUACAACGGUGCUCACCAUGACAACCAUUAACACCCACCUUAGGGAGACACUCCCAAAGAUCCCGUAUGUGAAAGCCAUCGAUGUCUACCUCAUGGGCUGUUUUGUGUUUGUGUUCCUGGCCCUGCUUGAAUAUGCCUUCGUAAACUACGUGUUCUUUGGCCGGGGCCCCCAGCAACAGAAGAAAAUCCACGAGCGGCUGAACAAAACCAACAACGAGCGCCCGCGAUACGAAGAGAAGCGCCUGAGGGAACAGGUUUGCAUCUUCAGCUGCCUUCUCUCUCUGGCGAUUUUACGCACUCCCUCGUAUGUCAAUGAAAGAAUCCUAGCGUAAAACAAUCAUUGUUUUAUUAUAGAGAAUCACAAAGACUCCAAAACACGUAUUCCCCUAUGUUAGUUUGUCAUUAGACAGUACUUUCACAAGCAUAUAGAUGCCACCUCCACCAUACACAUCCAACAACCAUCCUCCAUUGCUUUUCCUCCAGCACUGACUCUUUGAUUUGAAUGAGCAUAGUAUUUUAUACUGUGGCUAUUUAUUUAACUCUGGAGAUGUGUAAAACUACAUUCUCAUUCUCCACUCAGGUUGUUGUCUAUGUUUUUACUGUGAGCUUGAUUCAGUCUUAUCUCUGUGGUGUCCUGUGAGUUGCAUUUUUGGCAACAUUCACCCACUUCCGUCUAAAAUUUAACAAAUCUUAAUGGGUAUGCAGCCAGAAACAUUAGUAUUCAAAGGAAAAUGCUAAAACGGUCCGACUGAAUUAAGCCCCUUGUCUCUGUGUCUGAAAUAUGACAUGCAAUGCUUAUGCAAAGUUGUUCUUGUUAACCUUAUGUUUAUGCAUUCUGUAUUUUUAAGAAAUUGUGCUUAAUUGUCAGUGUUUUAUAGGCGUUUAAUGUUCUCUUCAUUUUUCUUUUUCCAUUGCAAGGACUCCAUUGCCACGCCGUUUCAAACCAACACCCUCAGGUCAUAUACACAGAGAAGAAAUCUGUACCUCGAGGAGCAAAGAAAAGUUGGGGUACAUGCAUUUAGAAAUCAUGUGAGCUGUGGGACUGCAGCCUAAUAGAGGUCUGAUAAAACGGUUGAUAGAGUGAUGGCAAUUAAUUUGUGUCAAUUUACUUUCAGUGAAAAAGCACCGUAAGGCACUAGCUAUGAGGGAGAAAAUGGGAAAAGUGCAUAAAUUCAGAAUUCUUUAAAGAGGCAUGAAAAGAUUAAAUGGCCUUCCACAUCAUCAUUACAUUUGCUUUAGCUUGAAAAUUGGAAAUGGAAAUGAAACGCUGGGUGGGUGUAGAGUAUUAGUAGGACAGUUUGGGGUAAUGUCACUGUGUUCUGCUUCUCCCUGACGUUCUCUCUCUCCCCACCUCUAUCCUCCAAGGUGGACGCGUACGGGAACAUCCUGCUCACCACGCUGGAGAUGAAUAACGAGGUGAUGCCGUCAGAUGUGGGAAGUAGCGUCAGUGACUCCCGGAAUUCGGUAAUGUCAUUCGACAGCUCCGGGGUCCAGUUCAGGAAGCCCAUGGCUCCCCGGGACGGCUUCAGCCACCACUCACUGGACCGCAGCGCUAUGCGCAGCAGGGCCAACUGUCGGCUACGACGGCGCUCCUCCAAGCUCAAGCUGAAAAUCCCCAACCUGGCAGAUGUCAGCACCAUUGACAAAUGGUCCCGGGUCCUUUUCCCCAUCAUGUUUGGAUUUUUCAACCUAAUCUACUGG